GCUCUAUCUACGAUGCGUUUCUCACCAGUCCUAGCUAUUUUGCUGAGUGUGCCCAGCACACUCGCAGCUCUCACAUAUAAAGGCGUCGAUUGGUCGUCGACACUUGUUGUCGAAAGACAAGGUAUACAGUUCAAGAAUACAGCCGGUACCGUCCAACCGCUCGAAACCAUUCUCAAGAACUCGGGCGUCAAUACCGUCCGACAGCGCAUUUGGGUGAACCCGUCCAACGGCGACUACAAUCUCGACUACAACAUUCGCCUCGCAAAGCGCGCAAGGAGCGCCGGGCUCCAGAUCUACCUUGACUUCCACUACAGCGACACCUGGGCGGACCCUGCCCACCAGGGUAAACCAUCUGCAUGGAACGGACUCAGUGCCGAUGCGCUCGGCAGCAAGAUCUACGACUACACAAAGGAAGUGCUCAAUACCUUUGCCUCCAAUAACAUCCCGCUCGCCCUUGUCUCCAUUGGGAAUGAAAUCACGCCUGGUCUGCUCUUCCCUACGGCCCAACUCUCCGCAUCCGGCGGUCCCAAGGCAGCGUCCAACAUCCUCAAGGCAGCUUCCAACGGCGUCAAGCAGAGCAACAUGAACCCAAAACCCAAGAUUAUGCUCCACCUCGACAAUGGAUGGAACUCCGAUACCCAGACAUGGUGGUACAACACAGUGCUCAAUUCCGGCGGACAACUCACAGCCUCCGACUUCGACAUCCACGGCGUAUCCUACUACCCCUUCUACAACUCUGCCGCGACCCUCUCCUCCCUCGGCACAUCCCUCAACAACCUCGCAAACAAGUACGGCAAAGAAGUCAUGGUCGUCGAAACGGACUGGCCAACCUGGUGUCCGAACCCGCAAUACGCCUUUCCCAGCGAUACCAAGAACAUCCCCAUCAGCGUACCGGGCCAGACGCAGUGGGUCAAAGCCGUGGCGGAUAAAGUGAAGGCAGUGAGUGGAGGACGAGGCACGGGGUUGUUUUACUGGGAGCCGGCUUGGGUCGGCAAUGCGGGGUUGGGCAGUAGCUGUGGGUAUAAUUUGAUGGUUACGGAUCAGGGGCAGGCUAUGGAUAGUCUGGCCGUGUUUGGAAGUAUAUAG